GCCAUUGCCACGUCCCUUUCACCUUCGUUCUCUUCUCCCUCUUGUUUUCUCAACCUUCGAACAAAUCGAAACAAUUUUUCAGCAGAGACUUUCGCGGGGUCUCAUUUUUGUCUCGUUUCCGUUCCAAAGUAUCCUGAAAUCCGAAUCACAUGGUGGUAAUUAACGACGAAAGAACAACAAAAAGAUUGAAACUUUUUUCCCUUUUGGGUAGGCUAAAUUUCAAACCUUCCAUACCCACUCCCCCUCCUUCCCCGCGUCCUCCUCUUUUUCUCUCCUUCUCUGCUUUCUCUCUGCCAUUCUCUCUCGCUCUCUCUCAAUUGAAGCAUGGUCUGGAUCUGACACUCCCUACGCCCAGCACCGCCUUCUACAGUUGAGCGCUAUCAUGGCGACAAAAGGGAACACAGGGGACCCGAGAACAAGGAGCUCCAUCUCAAUCUUCAUCGUGGUCGGUUUAUGUUUCUUCUUCUACAUCUUGGGCGCAUGGCAACGAAGCGGGUUCGGUAAAGGCGACACCAUUGCUCAAGUGGUCACCAAACAAAUGGACUGCAGCAUCCUCCCCGAUCUCAAUUAUGAGACCAGCGGCGAUGCAGGCACCAACGAUGUGUCUCCACUCGAUGUCAAGGAGAUUCCAUCCUGUGACGACGCGUACAUUGAUUACACACCGUGUCAGGAUCAAAUGAGGGCCAUGACAUUCCCACGGGAGAACAUGAACUACAGGGAACGACAUUGCCCGCCUGAAUCCGAGAAGCUUCACUGCCUCAUCCCUGCGCCAAAGGGUUACGCCACCCCUUUCCCAUGGCCCAAGAGUCGUGACUAUGUGCCCUAUGCUAAUGCACCUUAUAAGAGCCUGACAGUUGAGAAAGCUGUCCAGAACUGGAUUAUAUAUGAGGGGAAUGUGUUUAGAUUUCCAGGUGGUGGAACACAGUUCCCUCACGGAGCGGAUACUUAUAUCGAUCAGCUUGCUGCGGCCAUCCCCAUUGAUAAUGGGAUGGUUAGAACUGCCUUGGAUACUGGUUGUGGGGUUGCUAGUUUGGGUGCAUACCUUUUCAAAAAGAAUGUUCUCACCAUGUCAUUUGCACCGAGGGACUCGCAUGAAGCGCAAGUUCAGUUUGCACUGGAAAGAGGUGUUCCGGCUGUCAUUGGUGUUCUUGGAACCAUCAAGCUGCCAUAUCCUUCUGGAGCAUUUGAUAUGGCCCACUGUUCUCGUUGCUUGAUUCCAUGGGGUGCUAAUGAUGGAAUGUACAUGAUGGAAGUCGAUCGUGUUCUAAGACCAGGUGGUUACUGGCUGCUUUCGGGUCCUCCCAUCAACUGGAGGACGCAUUAUCAAGCAUGGAAUAGAACCAAAGAGGAUCUUGAAGCAGAACAAAACAAGAUUGAAGAAAUUGCCCGACUUCUUUGCUGGGAAAAGAAAGAUGAGUUGGGUGAUAUUGGUAUCUGGCAGAAAAGACUAGACCCUAGUUCUUGCACUGAACAGCGCACCAUGUGUGAAUCGUCAGAUCCUGAUGAUGUCUGGUACCAGAAAAUGGAGCCAUGUGUAACGGGGUCUCCAAAGAUUGAUGGCUCCGAGUGGAAGCCAUUUCCUGAGAGACUUAAAGCUGUACCUUUCAGAGUGUCUAGUGGGGCUAUUCCUGGAGUCUCUCCAAAGGAAUACCUGGAAGACAGUCGAACAUGGAAGAAGCAUGUAAAUGCGUAUAGGAGGAUAAAUAAGAUCCUAGACUCGGGGAGAUAUCGCAACAUUAUGGACAUGAAUGCUGGCAUGGGAGGUUUUGCUGCAGCCCUUGAAUCUUCUAAACUGUGGGUUAUGAAUGUUGUGCCUACCAUUGCAGAGAAGAACACCUUGGGUGUUGUGUUCGAGCGUGGUUUGAUCGGUAUUUAUCAUGAUUGGUGUGAAGCUUUCUCUACAUAUCCAAGGACGUAUGACCUCAUUCAUGCAAAUGGCCUCUUCAGCUUGUACAAGGACAACAUGGAAGACAUUCUACUCGAGAUGGAUAGGAUAUUAAGGCCAGAAGGAACAGUGAUAUUCCGCGAUCAUGUGGAUGUUCUUGUCAAAGUGAAGAAAACUGUGUCAGGUAUGAGAUGGAAUACGAAAAUGGUGGACCAUGAAGAUGGCCCACUUGUUCCAGAGAAGGUGAUGUUUGCCGUCAAACAAUACUGGGUUGCUGGACAACAGAAUGUCACUAAAACUAAUUAGAAGUGACAGAGGCAGCAUUUAAUCCCUUCCUUUUUUCCAUCUCAUAAUAAAAUGCUACUCUCUUGGGUUCAAGGCAAUCAGACACAUUCAUCUUAUCAACCAUGCCUGCCUGUUUAAGAACAAGCCAAGAUUUCACAACACAGUGCCAUUUCAUUGCAUUUUGCAGUAGAUAGAAAGAAUAUAGGUAAAUUGGUCUUUAUCUUUUCCCCAAGUUUGCUCUUUCAUUUGGUACCCAUUUUGCCAGCAUUCUAUUAGAAGCACCUCAGAUGUAGUUGGAUAUUGGUGAUAUUGCCUUCUGUAUGUCUUUGUUCUUUUAACUGUAGAAAAAUCUUUCUUCUUGUUUAUUACUACAAACAAACUCAUUGCCUCAGUUUUGCAUUCAUGACGAC